CUCUGCCGGUCCUUAACAACUGUGCAUGGUAUUUAUUUGCGGAAGGUAAAAGUGUCAUAUUUCCAACAGCACAAAUAGUAUUGAAGCCGUAGGUAGGAAAAACUGAGGGGAAGGAUCUUUGGAGUAAUCGUUCUAACAAAAGACGCUUAAAAAAAUAAGUCAAACGCCCCAAAAAUGUCGACGGAAGAACAGCCGGAUCUUCGACUAGGACCAGAUCCUAACAUUGCUUAUCCAAUUCAGGUUCUUUAUUGCGGAAAUUGCUCCCUUCCCAUCGAGUAUUGUGAAUACUAUCCUGAGUAUGACAAAUGUAAGCAAUGGCUGGAGAGAAAUCUGCCUAUUGAGUUCGAAAAAGUAAAAUUAGCUGUGGAAGAUGGCUCCACGGAAGCUGGUGGAGGAGAAGAUGAGAAAAAGCGGCAGAAGCGAGGAGGUAAAGGUAUGCUGAAGACUAAGAAGAAGGAGGAUGUACCAAAACUGGUGACUGUCUCCAGAGCACCCAGAGGAAAGAAGAAAUCUGUUACUGUUGUGACUGGCCUCAGUACUUUUGACAUAGACUUGAAGGUAGCAGCAAAAUUCUUUGGUAGCAAAUUUGCCUGUGGCUCCAGUGUAACUGGAGAUGACGAGAUUGUCAUUCAGGGGGAUGUCAAGGAUGAUCUAUUUGAUGUAAUACCAGAAAAAUGGCCACAAAUCGAUGAAGACUCGAUAGACGACCUUGGUGAUCAAAAAAGAUAAUAAGGUUAUCUGCACUAUAUUUACAUGCUUGUAUUUAAUAUUAUGGUAUUUCCAUUCGUGUUUAUUAUAUAAAUAAAAAAUGUACAUAAAAAUAUAAAUA